AAUGAAGUUCGAGUAGGAGUUCUUUUUUCUUUUUUGAUUAUGAUAUCAAAAGAUGAGUCAAUAAACGCAUUGCGUGUGCUUAAUUUAAUAGUGAGAGAUAUUAAUGUUUGUGUCGAAUGGGUAGCUUGUGCUUAGGAAUAAGUUUGAGUUAUUUUGAAAGUAAUUGUCAUGGAAAGUUCUUACAAAGAAUGAUGUUUAUUGGCGCGAGAAUUAAUGCAUCGAAUGACAGAAGUGGAAUUAUUACGGCUUUUUAUCUGCCGCCGGAUUCUUUUAUGGAAUUAGUUGUGAAUAAUAGUUCCUUGGAAAGAUGAUUCAGUGAAAUUUGUAAUUCAAGGAGUAUUUCUUGGAUUGCUGGCCAAUCAGAUAAGAAAAAGUACCAAUCAUAGUGAUGAGAUUGUUUGUAGAGAAAUAACAUUAAAUAUGUGCUUUAAAAGGUGACAUUUGUUUGGCAUUCUUCAGCGCUUAAUACCAUCUUUUAAUUAAAUACAUUAAUUCACUAAAGAAAGAAAAUGUCUAUAAAUCCUGGACAAGAAACCGGCAUUUUCCCUUUAAACCCUACUUUGGUCAUCAUAAUUCUUUUCAAAUUAUUUUCAUUCGCUUUCCUGCUGUUUCAAUACUUUUUCUUGGACAAGUUGUUGGGAAUCGACGAAGACGAUUGUAGCGAGUAUGACGGAUCAUCGAAAACACUUCAAGAUGGGUUACACAAAUGUAGCUACUCUUAAAAUGGGGAAUUUAUCUUAAGAAGACAAUGCCCCAAAGGGAAGGUCCGCUUUGGACGCGCCUCCUGCUAACAGUGGUGGCGAUAGCUGCCACUGUGCAGGUAUGCUAUGGACAAAGGCGGACAAAGCGGACAGCUAUUAUUCCAGGAGACAUCAUGAUUGGAGCAUUGUUUUCAGUUCAUCACCAACCAGGACAAAAACAGGCCCAGUCGAGAACUUGUGGUGAUAUUCGUGAACAAUACGGCCUACAGAGGGUGGAGGCUUCAUUUCAGACCAUUGAUGAAAUUAAUAGAAAUGAAACUUUACUGCCAAAUGUCACUCUGGGCAUAGAAAUAAGAGAUUCCUGUUGGUACUCGCCGAUCGCUUUGGACCAAAGCAUAGAAUUUAUUCGAGAUGCCAUUAAACUGGAUGAUAUUCAGGAUGGUAAUUUAACUUCUACGCAGGCAGAUGUCUUGCCGGAUUGUGCAGUUAAGCCGGUGAAGACAAAGAAGAACCUAGUCGGUGUCGUUGGACCGGGAUCGAGUACCGUAACCAUCCAAGUCCAGAAUCUUCUCCAAUUAUUCAACAUUCCCCAGAUUGGAUAUUCCGCUACGAGUCGAGAUUUGAGUGAUAAGAGUUUCUAUAAGUAUUUUCUGCGGGUCGUUCCUUCUGACUUUUAUCAGGCGCAAGUGAUGGUAGAUUUAGUCCGAGCCUACAACUGGACAUAUGUGUCAACUGUUCAUACGGACGGUAAUUACGGGGGCAGCGGCAUGGAUGCUUUCGUGAAGCUGGCCCAUGAGGCAGGUAUCUGCGUGGCAGCCAGUGACUCUGUCCUGAGUCACGCUGAGGACUACGUCUUCGACCAGAUCAUCCGCAACCUUCAGAAGUACCCCAACGCGAAGGUGGUGGUGUGUUUCUGCGAGGGGAUGACGGUAAGAGGACUGCUCAAGGCCAUCAGAAGACUGAACGCCACCGGAGAGUUCCUGCUCAUCGGAAGCGAUGGAUGGUCCGACCGGAACGACGUUACGGAAGAAUAUGAAAAAGAAGCGCUUGGCGGAAUUUCCAUCAGGAUUCACUCCACGUACGACCACAGCUUCGAUCCCUAUUACUUCUCCCUCAAGCCUCAUAACAACUCCAGGAAUCCAUGGUUCAGGGAGUUCUGGGAAUACAGAUUCAACUGCUCUCUGCCGAAUGGAUCCGGGAAAUACAAUAAGACCUGUUCUGGCUAUGAAGAUCUUCGAGAACGGUACAAGCAAGACACCAAGAUGUCUUUUGUGAAGAAGGCCAUCUACACGAUGGCAUACGGUUUGCACGACAUGCAGAAAGCAAAGUGCAACAACUCCGGCCUGUGUCCUGAGAUGUUACCACUCAACGGUUCAUUGUUUCUUCAGUACUUGCUGAACGUCAGUUUUGUUUGGGAAAAUGAAACGGUGAAGUUUGAUGAAAAUGGCGAUCCUCCUGGAAGAUAUGACAUCAUGAACUUUCAAUUCAUACCUGAAAAUAACUCGUAUGAUUACAAACACGUCGGUUCUUGGGAUAGCGGCGAGCUGGACAUAUUCCAAUCCUUUCGCUGGAACCCGAAGCACAUUCCAAACGGAUUAUCAAUACCUGAAUCCGUAUGCAGCAAGCCGUGUGAGAAAGGAAAAGCGAAGAGCAUUCAAUCCGAGAGUGUAAAAUGUUGUUGGGUCUGCGUGGCUUGUAAAGAGAAUCAAUUUCUGGAAGAUGAAUUCACUUGCAAGGAUUGCGAGCUAGGAUGGUGGCCGAAUGAAAAUCUUACAGACUGCGACAGAAUCCCUGUUGAUUACAUCCAGUGGAGCGACAGCACUGCUAUAGUGUCUUUAACGAUUGCCAUCCUGGGAAUGAUUGCAACGUUCUUCACCAUGGUUGUUUUCAUUAUGCAUAACAACACUCCCGUGGUCAAGGCGUCCACCAGAGAACUCUCUUAUGUCAUCCUUGUUGGCAUGUAUUUCUGCCACAGCUGCACAUUUCCCCUGCUGGCCAAACCAACUCAUACCUCAUGUUUCUUGACCAGGAUAAUGCCAGGUCUUAGCUUUGCCAUGAUGUACGCAUCCCUAGUCACGAAGACAAACAGGAUAGCCAGGAUUUUGGCUGGAAGCAAAAAGAAAAUAAUCACCAAGAAACCUCGUUUCAUGAGCGGCACAGCUCAAGUUGUUAUAACCUGGCUACUUAUAUCUGUCGAGUCCAGUAUAAUUGGUGCAAUGUUAGUUCUUGAGCCGGCAGAUUCCAUGUACUCUUACCCAUCUUUGGACAAGGUUGAGCUUGUAUGCAAUACAACGCCUUUGGGAAUCAUAGCUCCCCUAGGUUUCGAUUUCUUCCUCAUUGCUAUGUGUACGGUCUAUGCUGUCAAAACGAGAAAUGUCCCCGAAAAUUUCAAUGAAGCUAAAUUUAUAGGUUUCACGAUGUACACAACCCUCGUUAUUUGGGUUGCAUUUGUUCCCAUUUAUUUUGGCAGCAAUUCAAAAGUGAUUACGUUAUGCCUGUGCAUCAGUUUCAGCGCCAUUGUGGCACUCGUGCUGCUGUUUUUUCCCAAACUGUACAUCAUUUUAUUGCGACCCGAAAAGAACAACAGGAGCGCUUUCACGACGACAAAAGAUGUCAGGUGCCACAUAGGUAGAGGUUAUCCUUCUGCUGCUACGGUUUCAAGAAAUUCAUCUCAUUCCACUUCAGAAUUCAGCUUAGAAUCACCAAGAAACCUUUCUUUGGACCUCGUGCACAAGAACCCGAAACCUGAACCUACUACUCGACGUCCCAGCAUGAACCUCUUCGUUCGCCUCCGAAUCAGCAAACAAGAUAAGAUUGCUGCCAAUGUAGCUCAGCAUAUCCGAGCAGUCCGCGCAGCAGAAGCCCUGGAUCGUAGAACUCGUCUCAGACGUACCGAUUCCUUCAACUUCCCGGGAAUUCCUUCCACAAUUCUCCCAGUACAGAGAAGCACAUCCAGUGGCGACGAUUCCCCGGGAGGCCAUGACAAAAAGAGACUAGUUGGCAUGAUAAAGCAUGCGUACACCGAAGACGUCAUUGAAGAAAUGAGAUCUCAAGUAGAAGACGUCGCGUGCCAAACUUCUUAUGAUUUGCUGGAGGCUUUGCUGCCAUCCCUGAGAAGGCGUGUUAUGCGAUCAGAAACAUCCAUGACGACUGAUGAUGAAGACCUAAGGUAUUCUGGCACGCCUUGUAAGAUGGGCGCGUGCCAUCACAAGCGUCCACCCUACAGCGAUGGAGGGAGGCAUUAUUCGAUGUGUGAUUCAACCCAUGGGGCGAUGAAUCCAGCUUAUGACACGACCAGUUUUACAUCAAGAAGUUCUUGCAGACCAAGGUCCAGGAAUAGACACAGAAGCGACGGACGGGAGGACAGAGUUGAGGUCGAGUAUAAAAUCCCAAGUGAUAGUGAUUUGCUUGAUUAUGAAGUGGAAGAGGUGAUAUCCUUGAAAGAGAUGAAGAAAUCAAAGGCCAUGCAGCUAUUGGGCAAAAAGGGACAAUACAACAAACUCCAAGCCAUGACUGGAGAUGUAGCAUCCUUGUGCCUGCCACAUGAGGGUGUCUCCGAAGCCAGUUUUUCGCCAACGGUUAGCCAAGAUAGCUUAAUCGACGCCACCUCGUCUAUUGUGGAAGAGAGUGCUAGCACCGGCAGUGACGAGACAUCAGGAAGUGCUGUCUACAAGAAUAUCAUCAUCAAUUUAGGAGGAAAUCAAGACAAGAGGCCUUUCAGUGCGUCUCAAAGCUCAACCACUUCUGCUGCAAAUUUAAGUAUGUUGCCAACUAUAGUAGACUCAAGGAUAUCCCACUCACAAGAAAAUGUAAACGAUGGCGGUAAGCAUUCCCCCGAUGUUUCAAAGUGGAAUUCUCCGAAUGGGAAUCCAAAGGGACUGGCAAUGUGAAGAUACAAUUAGUCUAGUGUAAUAUGAAUGUUCUCUUUGGUGUGUAUGACGUUUAAGAUUGAAUUCAAAUCGUUUUGUGUAUGUGCAUUUUGUAAGACGUUUUAUGUGAAAUGAACAAGUGUAUUUUCGUAGAAGAGGAUACUAAUGGUUUAAUUAUUGAAAUGCCACUAUGUUGGCUUAUAAGUGAGUUUAUGGGGCCAGUUCCAUAGUUCAGCAUUUACAAACAAAUAUUACUGUUUCGUUGAAAACAUAUAUCAGUUUACGUUUCAGUAUUACAUACACAUUUUAACGUUGAUUUUCUAAGGUUAUGCUGGAACAACAUAUCAUAUAUUUAUAAACAUAAUGUAACAAUAAUAGAGUUUUCAUUUUUAAUGUUUAAUUUACGUUUCUUAUCAUUAUAUUGUAUCUUGUGUUUUUUUUAAUGUCUUGUAGUUUUUAAAUACAUUCGCGAUUUGUUUUUUCCCUCAAAUAGAAUACACAUUUAUAGAAAACAAGCACAAUAAUCUAUUGAUGAUAACAUUUUGCACCAUUUUUCUUACACUAAGCUUUUGAAAUUUUCGUAGAGUUUAAUAAUCCAUAACGUAAAAAGCUAACCAAGACGCUCAAAAUUUGUACUUGCCUGAAGUUAGAGUUUUGACUCAAAACAGUUUUAUUGAAAAAAAAUAUCAUAUUUUUUACAUAACAUGCUUGUUCAUAAAGGUAAAGUAAUCUGAAACACCUUUGUUUUUGAGAUCUCGAUUUCAUAACGCAUUAUAUAGAAAAAAGAAAAUGAACUGAAAUUCCUUUACAUACAUAACAUUUUACGAUCACAAAAUAUGAUUAGUCUACAUUAUUGAAUUCCAACUAUUACUCUUCUCAUUCUAUUUCCAACGAAUUAAAUUUUUAAAAAGUGGCAAACAUUUUAUUAAAAGUAGAAUUGAAAUUAUUAAAUUUGUCCAGAGAUUUUACCGGAGCUCAUCCAGGUAGCACAGCCUGUUACACAAUAUUAUACAAUAUUGUGCGAUUUUAUAUGAUAUUAAGUCAUAAACCUGACUCUCCGACCCUCCAGAAGGCACACGGAUAAAUAAUAUUGAAUGACCGAACCACCGCAACAGCAACACUGGCAAGAACUGUGGUUGAGUCCUGAAGGCCAUCACCGGUCACGGUGCAACCCUUCUCUAAGGAAGUACAUCCCGUCAUCGAUGGGAGGAGUCAGACCCCCACCUUUUCAUGCACCCUCCAAGGCGACGAGAUCCAACCACUAUGCCAGACGCAUCUCAUCCUCCUUUCGAGGUGACCCUCCCGGAAGGAUAUUAUAUGAAUAUUGAUGAAUGUACAAUAUUUGUGUGCUACUAGAGAAAUGCAAAAAACACGAUUUUAUAAUUUUGGAAUGUCACAAUAAAGAAUCCUAUAGUUUUUGAAUCACAUAAAAAUAUUUAUUUAUUUUGAAUGAAGAUUUUUUAAAAUAUAAAAAUUCUUUAACGAAUUAUAUUUUUUCAGCAAUAAUUAAACUAACAUCUGUUUUAAUUAAUCAAUUUAAAUUUUUCGUUAUUAUAUUUAAGUGCCCAACUACAACAAAUAAGAAUUCGUUCAUAUAUUCAAUUUUGUCAAUUUAAUUUAAAACAAACUGGCCUUUGUAAGAUACAUUUAUUAAAUACUAAUCCAUUCUGUAGACUAACGACAAAUAGGUGAUUCUUGUAAAAAAAAAAUGUUUUUUUUUUUUUAUGUAUUUCACUUUUAAUGAGAUAUUUUAAAUAACUUUAAUACAGACACUGCCAAAUUUUGGCGAUGAACAACCAGAUUAUAUUGUUAAAGUUUUCUAAUGGUUAAAAUGAUAUUUAAUUUUAAUACUAUUCUAAUAGCAUAAAAUUAAAAAAAAACUUUUGAUGACAUAAUUUCGGUUGAAUCAUUUAAUCAAAUACAAAUUUUGUUUAAAAUAAGUGUUUACUUUGCUAACGAAAUUACAUUGGUAAUUUCGUUACUACAUUUCUGUUCCAACAGAAUCGAAUUAUAAUUAUUGCAUUCACUUCUAUAGAGAAUACUUUAGUCAUAUCACAUCCAAUUAUUUCGUGUUUCACGUUUAGUUCUGCUUCAGUGUUGUGAAGGCUUGUAUGUUGAUGUUUAGAUUAGUAUGCAUUUAGCGCUGUUUUUUAUGUAUACAUUCUAGUCACGACAAGCUGCAUCUGUGUUUCAUCUGACUGAAAAUCCUGUACCGACUGUGUUGCUCAUUCAUCCGCAUAUACUAACGCUCAAUGGCUGAUUUAUUAUGCUGUUAUAUGUUUAUAUAUGUAUAUGUAACCGAUACACCAUUAGGAAUAGGAACCGAAAGAAGAAUGUGUUCUUCUAAACUAGAGAGAAAUUGUCGUUUUAAAUCAAUUCUUCUUAAAUAAAAAGGAAUUAUUUAUUCUUUUCAAUCCAUUCUUCUAAAUGAACUAAAAUGGAGUGUUCUUUGGCCCCUGCUUAUAUUAAAAUAAAAUCACUCAUUUUUGUCAUUUCUUUAAUUUUGAAGAAUAAUCUGUUUUUUAUUUUAUUUCUUUUCGUUUUUGUUAUGUCACAGCACAAGAAUAAAGGUUAAUAAAUUAUUAUUAUUUGUUGUUUUGAGUAACAAAAUUUUUAUUCUUUUACAAAAUUACAGGACAUUUUCAUGAUUA